UUUUUUACGGAUUAAAAAAAUCUCCUCGGUCGUAAUAAAUAGUUUUAACUGCGCAGUUACAGUUUGGACCGUUUUCAGAUGUUUUAAUGUAAAUGUAACAACACAUUUUCUAGCUGUUCCUUGUUGUAAGCUGCCAAAAACCUCGUAGACCCAAGUAAGUCACAUGAUCCAGAUGGAGGCUGUAAGGUCUGGCAUGGAGGCAGAGAGCUGAAAACAGGGUUAAACAGUGUUUUUCAGGGCUCUGACUGUUGAUUCUUGGGGGUUUUAGAGAUGUAGAAUGGGGCAGCGGUCAGUACAGGGGAACCGUUCAGUUUGCGGCCGACAGUGUUAGUGUUGUCUGUGCGGAGCAGCGCCGUAAACACCCGCUUAAUCUCUGCUCGGCUCUGGAGAGGCCGGAGCGGCUACAGCUAAACCACAAUGCAGGUGGAAACAGCGGGAAUACGAAUGUCUGAGAGCGAAAACAAGCUGGAUGUUCACACCCAGAGCUCCACACAGGGCUCCUUCAGGACCAGCUCGAAAAGCUGGCAGUACAGUGAUCAUAUGGAGAAUGUGGCCGGAUAUUUGAUGAAGUACACAAAUCUUGUAACUGGAUGGCAGUAUCGAUACUUCGUUCUCAACAAUGAAGCAGGGCUGCUGGAGUACUUUGUGAACGAACAGUCUCGGGGCCAAAAGCCCAGGGGCACUCUGCCUUUAGCAGGCGCAGUGAUUUCCCCCAGCGAUGAGGACUCGCACACCUUUACUGUCAAUGCCAUCAGCGGGGAGCAGUACAAACUCAGAGCUGCCGAUGCUAAAGAAAGACAGCACUGGGUGAGCAGACUGCAGAUAUGCACACAGCAUCACACGGAAGCUAUGGGCAAGACAAACCCGCCGCUAAAGACUCGCAGUAUGUCCACAACGUCUCAGGGCAGCGCAAGUUCUCCUGGUUCCCAGCGCAGGAUCAGCCAUAAUGCCGGUUCCCUGCUGGGCCUGUCCCAGUUCCACCGUGGCUCUUCACCUUACUCCAGUAAGCGCUCCCUGCUGCCUGACCACCUGGUGGAGGCCCGUGAGAUGAUGAGCCAGGCGCAGGGCCAGCACAGAGACCUGGUGCAGUGCAUUGAAGGCCUGCCGUCCAGUCAGGGUCCCUCCCCGCUGGACCAGGAUCUCCUGCUGCUCAAGGCAACUUCACUGGCCACCAUGACCUGCCUCAGUGACUGCUUCCACAUCCUGCAGCUUCAGCAAGUGGCUCGACAGAAAGUUCCACUCGGAGGGCCGACCAUCGAGUGGCUGGAGCCCAAACUGCCCGACAUCCUGAAGAAUGGUGGCACACUGGCCAGCAUCACCAAAGACGACAGCAAAAUGCAGGGGACUGUUCUAGAACCUAUCGAAAUGGACUCCUGUGACAUUGCUUGGGAGCAGGAGGAUAUUGAUGCAGAAGAGGAGCAGGAAGACUCCUGUCCAGUUGAGGAAGAGGACUUGGGAGCAGUAGAGGAAGAACGCAGUGUCAUCCUGCAUCUCCUCUCUCAACUUAAACUGGGCAUGGACCUCACUAGGGUGGUCCUUCCUACCUUCAUCUUAGAGAAGCGCUCUCUUCUGGAGAUGUAUGCAGACUUUAUGUCCCACCCGGACCUUUUUGUGGCAAUCACGGACGGGGCCUGUCCUAUGGAUCGCAUGGUUCGGUUUGUGGAAUAUUACCUCACGUCGUUUCACGAGGGCCGCAAGGGCGCCAUCGCCAAGAAGCCCUACAACCCCAUCAUUGGUGAGACUUUCCACUGCUCCUGGAGAGUGCCAAAGAUGGCACCAUCUCAAGGAGGUGUUCAGAAAGAGGGCUCCAAUCCAUCAGACUGCUACAGCUUACGCUUUGUGGCUGAGCAGGUGUCCCACCAUCCACCUGUAUCAGGGUUCUAUGCUGAAUGCCAGGAGAGGCAGAUAUGUGUAAACACACACGUGUGGACCAAGAGCAAGUUUAUGGGGAUGUCCAUUGGCGUUUCCAUGAUUGGAGAGGGUAAUCUGCACCUGUUGGAGCAUGGGGAAGAGUACGCGUUUACUCUGCCGUCAGCUUAUGCCCGCUCCAUCUUGACCGUACCCUGGGUGGAGUUGGGAGGAAAAGUUAACGUCAACUGCGCCAAGUCGGGCUACAGCGCAGCCAUCACUUUCCAGACCAAGCCUUUCUAUGGAGGCAAGCUGCACAAAGUGAAUGCGGAGGUGAAGCACAACCCCACCAACUCGGUGGUGUGUCGCGUGCAGGGGGAGUGGAACGGCGUGCUCGAGUUUAGCUACAGCAACGGCGAGACGCGCGUCAUAGAUGUCACGAAGCUACCCGUCACCAGGAAACGAGUGAGACCCAAUGACCAGCAAGGACCGUAUGAGUCCAGGCGGCUAUGGCAGCAUGUGACGGAGUCCCUGCAGCAGAGAGAUAUGGAGAAGGCCACAGAGCACAAGCGCUUCCUGGAGGAGAGACAGAGGAAAGAGGAGAGACAUCGCACCGAGACAGAGACACCCUGGAGGACCAAAUACUUUGAAAGAAAAGGUGAAGGCUGGAUGUAUCAUAAACCACUGUGGAAAACAGUUUCAGGCCGGAGCUCCUCUCCUGCAGCCCCUCAACCCAACCCUUGACCACACACCUGCUGUAGCCUGGCCCCAGGCAAAUGUACUGCCCCGACACUCUCUGGGUCGGUGCUCCCUUUCUCAGAAAUGAAGACACACACACACUCACACAUACUCGCACACACAGACAGACUCUCUUCUUAUAUGAUUUCUUAACAAUAAUUGCUGUAAUGGGAGGAACGCUCUGCGGAGAGAAGUGAACUGCUGGUUUUACACCAAGAAGAAUCUGACGUUCAUAUUUUGCGUCUUUUGAUUGCUACUUUUUGUAAGACCUUGCAGUGAAUUCUUUAGAUCCAUAAGGGGUCACCGCAUGCACUGAGGUCUUUUGUUGAUGUUGCCUUAAUUGGAUAUGUGCAUAGCAAGGGAAGAAGAAGACAAGGAGUUGAUGAGGAAGAGUUUAAUGAUGGUGAUGGUGAAGUGUGAGGGUUGUUUUGGGAAGAAUUGUAAUUGGGAAUGCUUUAUCAACUUCUCUUGAUUCUAUAAUGGAAUGCUGUUAUCUGACCUUUGUUAUGGUCAAACGUUUUCCCAUACUUGUAAAAGCUUCUUUGGUGUAAUAUGAUUUUAAAAUCAGCAGAUAUGUUGGGGGGAGAUUUGUGAUGGAAUUGAGAGUUUUGGAGGGUUAGCAUUUAACUACUGUAUGUGGCUAACAGAUUAAUUGUGGCCUGCAGCUGUUAUGAAGAAAAGUUUGCAAGAGUUUGCUACUGUGGUUAGCCAAGUGUUAUUGAGGGUUAUUGAGGAUUGAGCCGUGUUUGGUUUAAUAAUAUUUCUUUAUUUCUCUCUCUCUCUCUUUGUAUCUCUCUAGCUCUCUCUCUCUAGUUUUCAAACUGUUUCUCUUUGUCUCUCAUCUAAUUGCUCAGGUAGAGUCUUUCUCUAUUUAUUUACCUGAUGUCCUGCAAGCAUGUAACAUAUUGGCUCCAGUUAUAGACUUUGAAACAAUGCUUGAGUAUAGCACCUCAGUAACUUACAUCAUUAGUUCCAGUCUGCAUUGUCUUUCAGUUUGCACUCCCUGCGAAUAUGUGGAACAUCACCAGACAGUAUUAUUUUUGCAAAUUGACAAACUCGAAAACAUUCCACAGAACUGUGAUCUGAGACGUGAAAUUCGUAAUUGCAGUAAGUGCUUUCAGACUCUCUUUCUCUGGUGUGAUUCUACCUUUUUUGAAACUCCAAACUCAGCUCGAUCUGAAAGGUAGUCAGUCAGUAUGUAUUCUAAAACCACAUGUAGCUCAGAUAGAGCCUUAAAGUUUACUUUACUGCUAUUGUACACUAAAUUAAACAAACAAAAAAAAAACUAUUUUUGAGCCAUAAAAAAAAGAGAAAAGUCUGAAGGUUGACUACUGGUUGUAUCUUUUGACUUUUUAGUGAGUUUGAUUGAGCCGGUGCCGGACAGAGCACAAGUUGAAACGCCUCUCGUAAUGAAGUCACUACUUCAGCCCUGGUUGGUCUUGCUGAAAAACUUGUGGUGCCUUAUUUGUGUUAGUCUUCCUCUGGUCUAUGCCCGAACACAUUCUUCACCUUCUUCUUCAGAUGCAUUAUGAGUGAACCCACAAACCUGUGUACAUAUCAUCUGCUACCCAGCUUCCUGAUAAGGACACCCAGGAUGUCUGCUGUCUGCUCUUCAGUCUGUAUGUGAUUAUUCAUUCACUUGGCUUUCCACCCGGAGGUCUCAUUUUCAGAACACAGACUGGCCAGCUGUGAUGGGCUAUACAGGUGAUUUCAGUGGAGAACCUGCAUUGACGGUGUCCGAAAAAAAAAAAGAGGCUUGAUCUGUGCUCAGAAAACGGACCCAAAGUGUAUAAUCUUGGUGAGCUGUGAACUGCACUGAUGUUUUAAUUACACUCCCAGUAGCCUGAGAAAAGUCCUGAUGAAUGAACUAAUAAAAUUGCUAAUAUAUUA